AUGGAUUACGAAGUUUCCAAGUCAGCGGAACGCAUUCCGUUGUCAUCCUAUCAAGUACUAAGCAAGCGACUGAAUUUAAAUUUCGAUGGUCUUUCGAAUUAUAUUGGUUUUAUGGUGACACUGUUAUGUGGUUUCAUUUUUGGAAAGUAUAUGCAGGAGUUACAUGAGACGAAACUUUGGUUUUCGCAUAUCGAGCAAGUUGAACAGGAGAUAUCAUUGAGGACUGAAGCCGGUCUUUAUUACUUCUAUUAUAAGUUUGCCGUUCAUCCCCAGAUGUCAUUUAAUAGCACAAUUUAUGCAUUGAUGCAUGAUAACAGCACUGAAUUCCCUCGUCAAAUUAACGUAUUCGAACGGUUCAACAUUUACCAAGAGUUGAUACUCGCUGUUUUAUACAAAUUUUUUGCAUCGUUUCGAUUGCUUCGGGACUACUAUUUACCUAAACCAAUCCUAUUUUAUGUCUAUUCAUGCUUUGCUUUUGCCGGAUUCGGCGUUACAACACUGUUUCUUCUUGCUUGGGCUCUAACCGGAAGUUGGCUCUAUGGAUUGCUUGUUUUCACAUGGAUGCUCACAAACAUCGAUGAUAGCACUCGAGUUUUCUUCACUGUUAAUUUGCGGGAAAAUUUUGCAUUGCCGUUUUUCUGGUUGCAAAACGCGUGCAUUGUUAUCGUACUGCGAAAGAGAUUAGGUGAUGGCUCACGUUUGAAACGCUUCGGUUGCUCGAUUAAUUGUUGUAGUGAGUUCAUCUUGGUGCUACAGUCGAUAUCUCUGGUUGGAAUGAGUCUUAUUAUACCUCAUCUAUCAUCCACCAUUAUUUCGCUUCUCUUGCUGCAGUCACAAGCAUUUUUCUUGGUUGUAUUAGCGCAGUUUGGCCAACCAAUGAAUAUUGCUUCCAUUUGUACGGCCUUUAAUUUAAGCUCCAUUGUGAUCCUUCGUUUAACAACUAAAACUGAAAGGGGUCGACUGAGUAUAAUAUUGCUGAAGUCUGUUUGUAUCGUUGCAUUAACGCUAUCGCUAAGCUGGUUUCUUCGUUAUCUUGUAGGUGCUGAAGCUGACACCCAUGUAUGGACUUUUGUAAAGGCUAAAAUUGGCUUAAUUUCCAGGUCCUCAGUACCCUUCGAAAGUGCGUUAUAUUUGUGUCACGGAGCUUUCGCUUAUCUCGAUAGUGACUUCUUUCGGCGAACAUCGCUGAAUGGUUGUUUUCCGCUGUUCACAGCAUCAAUACUCAUUGUUACCCUGAUGACGAUAUAUUCAGUUGCGCUGCAAUGCUGUGAUCGAGGAUCUGUGCCUGCAUUUAUCGAUCAUUUUGGGCCAGAAACGGUUUUUAUCGUCAUUCAGUCAAUGUUAUGUGGAAUAAUUGCUGUUUUUACUCUCCGAAUGAAGUACCUUUGGUUCCCGCAAAUUGCCCUUGUUGCAUGCAUAUUACCUGUGAUGAUUUCGAAGUACUCGGGACGGUUUGUUGUUCAAGUAGUAGUAAUAGCUACAAUCACAACUUUGCUAUACAAUCAUUAUGGUAUUUAUAAGGAACAAAUGGCGAAUGAGCAAGAAUUUUAUGAUCCGGAUACUGUUGCGUUGAUGGAAUGGAUCAAAAGGUCAACGCGACCUUUAACGUCAUGGGCAGGAAGUAUGCAGUUGAUGGCUGGAGUAAAAGCUUGCACAGGAAGAUACUUGGCUAAUCAUCCACACUUUGAAGAUAAGUGGCUGCGUGAUCGGACAUUACAGCUUUACCAGAUGUAUGGUCGAAAAACUGUCGCCGAAAUGCAUGAAAUUUUGACAAUUCAUAAGGUAGAUUACAUUAUAUUGGAAGACAGUAUAUGUUUGGCUGCCUCAACGGGAUGCUCAACAAAAGAUCUGGUGGAUCUUGCCAAUGGUGAUAUGCCGGAGUACGCCAUGCCAAAAAAAAUAGAUGCAGAGAAACGGUUCUGUGAUCGAAUACGCUAUGUUGAUAAUGAAACGAAAUUUUAUUUCAAGCUAGUAUUUGAAAAUCCCACUUUUCGUGUUUAUCAAGUACUCGGCAAUAAUUAA